GAUUGAAUCCACGUGCUUGUCAACUCUAACUGCAAAUCCACCUACAUAUCAUCAGCUUCAAGAAAUAUGUCACGGCCAGAAUACCAGGCUCCGCCAGAGAUUUAUUAUGGCGAUGCUGAAGCCAAAAAAUACACUCAAAACACCCGUAAUCAACAGAUCCAGGCAGAUAUGACGUACCGUGCUCUAGAAUUACUCAACCUUCCUCCGGAUGAGCCUGCUUUUCUGUUGGAUAUAGGAUGCGGAUCGGGGCUCUCAGGUGAGAUUUUGGAGGAGGAGGGGUAUAUCUGGACGGGCGUGGACAUCGCGCCAAGUAUGCUCGAGGUCGCACUGGAGAGGGAUAUUGACGGUGACCUUUUCUUGCAAGAUAUCGGUCAGGGAUUUGGUUUCCGGCCAGGAAGCUUUGACGGAGCAAUAAGUAUAUCUGUGUUGCAAUGGCUUUUGAAUGCUGAAACAUCACAUCCAACGUCCUCACCACCACACCGUCUCACUCGUUUCUUCACGACUCUCCACUCCGCUCUCCGUAAUCCCUCCAGAGCAGUCUUUCAAUUUUACCCGACUUCAGAUGACCAGAUACAACUGAUCACUUCAAUAGCACAAAAGGCCGGCUUUGGAGGGGGUGUUGUCGUAGAUUACCCAAAUUCCAAGAAAGCGAGGAAGGUGUUCCUAUGCUUGUUUGUUGGCGGAGGAGGCACGCAGCAACAGAUGCCUCAGGGCGUAGAGGGUGAAGACGACGAGCACGCAAUAUUUGAGAGAAGAAGAGAGAAGGAAAGGAAGAGGGACAUAAGUGGGAAGAGAAAGAACGUCAAAGACAAAGAUUGGAUCCUAAAGAAAAAAGAGUUGUAUCGCCAACGAGGAAAAGAAGGGGUACCAAGAGAUUCAAAAUACACUGGCCGCAAGCGCAAACCAAUUUUCUAGUGGAUUUUCUCGCAGUGUGUCACAAACGCCAGACCGUC